AUGUCCGGCGGCAACCGUCAACUCUCAACGACAGAAAGCUUUCUAUGCGGUGGUUUGGCUGCUUGUGUAGCUGUCACAGUAUCCAAUCCUGCUGAGGUAGCCAAGACACGAUUGCAGUUGCAAGGAGAGCUCGCCAAGGGCGGCAGUCUCAAGGUCUAUAAUAAUGCCUUUGACGCCAUGAUAAAAAUAUGGAGGAAUGAAGGUAUCCGCGGCAUGCAACGAGGACUAGGUGUAGCGAUCCCGCUGAAUGGGUCCCGCCUGAGCUUCUAUGAGCCAUUCCGGCGGACUAUCAAUCGCGCAUUCGGUUGGACGACUGAAGAUCAGAUACCCAUCACGUCCUUGGUUGCUGGCGCAGCCAGUGGUGUUGUCGGCGCUAUCAUCGGCAAUCCCUUGUUUCUCGUCAAAGCUCGUAUGCAGGCAUAUUCGCCCGCUCUUCCUAUAGGAACACAGCGCCAUUACAAGAACUCUUUCAAUGCUCUGAGUACGAUCUGGAAGACCGAGGGUGUUCGCGGUUACUUGCGCGGGAUGGAUGCUGCCAUUCUUCGUACAGCAAUGGGCUCAUCUGUUCAACUACCGACAUAUAAUUGGACUAAGAAUCAGCUCGUCGGUCAUGGUAUUUUACCCGGGGACAGUGUGUGGACGUUUCUUGCAAGCAGCUCAGUUUCUGGUGUUUGCGUGUGCCUUGUCAUGCAGCCUGCUGAUACUGCACUCACAAGGAUGUACAACCAACCCACGACGACUUUACCCGAUGGGAGGGUCACAGGAGCAUUGUACAAGAGUCCGAUAGAUUGUCUGUGGAAAACUGUCAAAACGGAGGGAGUUCUCGGCUGGUAUAAAGGUUCUCUUGCGCACUUCCUGCGUAUCACCCCUCAUACGAUCAUAACGCUCACCAUGAAUGAUGUGAUACGAAACAUUUAUAAGGAUGUGACCUGGGGUCGGUCCUACGUAUAA